CUCAUCUCAUUCUUUUUGCGCUCUAUUCCGUCGUCUGCCGUUUCCAGAUCCAAAGGGCCAGUAGAAUUUGCUAAUAUCGUCUUAUGCACUCACGGGGCUAUGACGUGACACGCUCCUUGACACACUCUUAUUCAUCGCAGUCUGCCUUUCUUCACUUGACUUUUCUCAUUCUUGUAGGGUACUCCUACAGGCAAUCAUUGCUCAUCCAUUACCUUAUACACAUUCUCACACACUUGUCCGCAGGCGUCAGUAGCAGAUCUCAACAUGGCGACCUCGAAUCCGCGUGUUAUCAAGUUUACGAAUGGCUACCUCCUCAAGGACGGUCAGUUGGUCUCGGAAGAUCUCUGGGUGUCAUCGGAGACAGGCCGCAUCAUGAGCCCACAGACAGCAUUCUAUUCCUCGCGACUAACGGCAGACAAAGUUGUCGAUCUACAAGGCAAGAUCCUCGCUCCAGGCUUCAUUGACGUUCAAAUCAAUGGCUCCCACAAUUUCGACUUCUCCACCCCCAGUCCUGAAUUUGCCUCCAGCUUCGCGCACACCCGGAGACAAAUGAUCAAGAGCGGAUUGACGUCCUUCGUGCCGACCGUUAUCAGUACCCGACCACAAGCCUACCGUGCCGUUCUACCGCAUCUUGGUCCAUCGGGGAAAGCCAGGGACUUUAGUGAAGGUUCGGAAAGUUUGGGAGCUCACAUUGAAGGUCCGUUCUUGUCACCACUUCGUAAUGGAAUUCACAAUCCGGAAGUGCUGCGGGAGGCCAACUCGUGGGCUGACGUGGAGGAAUGUUAUGGCUCAUCCAAUCUACAAAAUGUCCGAUAUAUCACUGCUGCUCCUGAAAGAGGGCAGAUGAUGUCCCUGAUCCCGGACUUUGUCUCUCAAGGCAUCGUAUUCUCGGUCGGCCAUUCUAACGCAACCUUCGAACAAGCACAGAAUGCUGUCGCCGCUGGAGCAUCAAUGGUCACCCAUCUUUUCAACGCUAUGCGGCCCUUUGGACACCGGGAUCCUGGCAUCUUCGGUUUGCUUGGACAGUCGGCCCCUUCCACCCCUGUUUCGUCGCCAAAACACAGUCGGCAGGCUAGUAUAUCACCUUCGCCCGAAGGUUCACCUCGAUCGUCGAGACGGUCAACACCUCGGUCUAGUCUCAGCAUAAGCACAUCAGUUGCGGAUUUAGACGAUGAAGCACGGUAUAGACAACCAUUCUUUGGCUUGAUCGCCGAUGGAAUCCACCUAUCAGCUCAAGCACUGAAGAUUGCUUAUUCCGCACAUCCUGCAGGUGCGAUCCUUGUCACCGACGCGCAGAAAUUUGCUGGUUGCCCGGAUGGUGCCUAUGAGUGGCGCGGAGAAGAUCGCUUUGUCAAGGAAGGAAAGCUACUGAAGCUCGAGAGCAAUGGACGAAUUGCUGGAAGUGUUGUUGACCUAAUAGACUGCGUCAACAAUUUCAAGCGCUUCACAGGAUGUGGCACGGCCAAAGCACUGGAAUGUGUUACGAGCACUCCUGCCAAGAUGCUGGGGAAAGACGUAGAAGCGUCCAAGGGAAAGCUGGAGUCUGGAAUGGAUGCUGACUUGGUCGUUCUCGACGAGAAACUAGAUGGGGAAUUAUCUGUACAGCAGGUUUGGAAGUUUGGAGUUCAAGUUGCUUGAUAUCGUCUUUGGUUAUUGGCAAAGGUGCAUUCAGCUGGGAGUUAUCAAGGUGUCAAGAGUCUUCGGUCUGGCUUGUUGCAAACGACGAUAUGCCCUUGGGAAUCUAUCUGGGUUGAUAUAUUUCUUUUCAUCGGAAUUUGGGCUAGGACGAUAUUGCGUCGAGAAUCUUGAAUUACCUUUUAGAAUUGGUUGGAAAUUCGUCCUGAACACUCUUGAAAAUGAGUAUGAUGUAUAACAGCACCCUUCAGAAAUGGAUUCAUUCACUGUCUUGCGA